UUUAUCUAGCUAAGAUAAACAUUGUUGACAGGUCACACAGCCAAUAUUGGUAGUAUUUAAGAUUGGGGUUGAGGUUGAUAAGCGUGGAUGUUAGUGGGUGGGAAAGGCGAUUGGACUGUCGACAGCACAGUAAUCCUUGCAUGCAACAGGGCUGUGCUAGUCUUGCUGCCACUCAUAAACCUCCACUACUUCACCAAGAUUUUGACACAUUGUUGUCCCUACUUUAUUCUUCUUUCUCGAAAAUACAACGUCUAACUCAUCGAAUUAAAUUGGAAAUUUACAAAAGUUAGCAAGAAAAUAUUGGAAGUGAGAGCGAAAACCUUUGGUUGAUUCUAAGGGAGGUUUAGGUCGGUGGAUGUCGAUAGGUUGAGUCAGUUUGGGGCGAGUCCCGGGGAAGAUGGCGACGUCUGUGUUGACUCCCGUCAAGACCGAGGACCAGAUCCUCUAUAACUCCAUGCUGGAAGAUGACCCCAACGACAACUCCGCCACAAAUGAAGAGGAGAAGACUAAACCUCGGUGGGGGCCAUACCAUAAGGGCGCCAAGGAGCUUGCUGGAUUAUACAGUAGAGGGAAGCGUAUGCAGGAAAUAGUGUGUGUAUGCAUCUGUAUAACGUUGUUGGUAGUCAACUUAUACUUUAUGGCAGUUCAUUUUAAGUUUGAGAAAGUGACUACGAUUUUCCUUGUGGCACUAGCGGGGAUCUUUACAGCAGACUUUGCCUCAGGAUUCGUCCACUGGGGAGCAGACACUUGGGGAUCAGUAGAACUCCCUCUCUUAGGCAAGAACUUUAUUCGUCCUUUCCGAGAGCACCACAUUGACCCAACUUCCAUCACCCGACAUGACUUCAUAGAAAUUAAUGGAGAUAACUUUAUGCUCACCAUCCCAGGCCUGAUGUACAUGACUUGGAAUUUCUGUUCCAAGACCAACGAACAGAUUCAGGCCAGUUACUACUGGUUUGCUUAUCUCUACCUUCUGGCCUUAUUUGUGGCAUUAACUAACCAGAUCCAUAAGUGGUCUCACACAUACUUUGGCCUCCCACGCUGGGUUACUAUAUUGCAGAACAUACAUAUCAUCCUGCCCAAACGCCACCAUCGCAUUCACCAUGUGGCACCCCAUGAGACAUACUUCUGCAUAACUACUGGCUGGCUGAAUUACCCCCUGGAGAAGCUCAAGUUUUGGACCUCCUUAGAAUACUUGAUUCAGCUGGUGACAGGCUGCAAACCCCGUGCUGAUGACUUCAAGUGGGCACAGAAGAGGGAAUGAAAACAAAGCAACAAUGCUGCAUGAGCAGUACAUAAUUUUUCUGAAUCAAAAAUUAGAAAAGUGGGAUAUGAUGACUAGAAACAUUGUCUAUGGGAGAAUUCAAAUGUAUUAUGAAUGCACAAGAUGUUUACCAGUGGAUGAUGCAUGAUGAGUUACCUGCCCAUUUUGAAGUAGGACUAUAGUAUUAAAACUUAAGAGAGAAAAGGAAACGGGUUUUUAACAUCGGCUAUAUUACUACCUUAGGUACAGUCCAAGUGUAGAACUUAAGGUGAUUCAUAUGUACUGUAUAUGUAUUCAGGUGUAGAUUGAGGAGAUUUAUUCAUUAAAGAUAAAGAGUAAUCAAAUGCUUCUUUUUGUUAAAAUUAUUGCAUUUUUAUGGGACUAGAAUGUUGUGUGCAAAGAUAUUGAUGUAAUAAUGAAUAAAUCAGAUUAUUUUUUUUUAAUGAAGGAGAAAGAUAAGAUGAUUCUCACAUGGUCUUCAUUUAAAGAUGUAUUAAUCUUUUGUAUUAUGGCUGAUGCUGUGAGGUAAGUAUUUAAUUAAAAGUGCUUUGAAAAGAUGAAAAUUUACUUUAAUGCAGAUUUUUUAGAGGGAUGAGUGAAAUAACCAACAUCUUACCUGCCAUGCCAGUCAUUGAAAUUUUGUUCUUUCUUGUCUUUGUCGGUGGAAGCAUUAUUUUGCAUAGGGAUGCCAACAAUUUAUAUUAAUAAAAGAGAUGGCAAAAUUAUUACAGUAGUGAAUACUUCUUUGUGAUAGUGGAUGUCACUGAACAAGUUGUAAUCUAUUCAGUGAUUGAGUUUGAGCAGCAGAGGUAUGAGCCUUGCUUCCUCCUUUUGCACUGUGAGUUUAAAAAUAUCCAUCUAGAUUAUUUUUUGGCUCCAGGAAGUAUGUCCACACUACUCUCAUUUAGUCCCAGUUACUAAAGGUACAGUGGCUGGCUCACCUAUUUGCAUUGGCAUUGUUUAUCAUAAAUUUUUAAAUUUUGGUUUGAUGUGCUCUUGGUUGUGUAUACUGUAAUGUUUACAGUUACUAUAACUCUUAAAUGUAAGAUGGCUUUGAAACUUGAACAGAUUGCUAAGCCUGGAAAAUAUAUUUUUUACAGAGACCCCCUUGAAGUCAUUGGCAGAUAACAUAUCUUGGCAUCCCUAUAAUAAAUAAUAUUGCCACUCAAGUUGGUGGCAGCCAAGCACUUCAGUUCCACUUGAUCUUAAAAAUAGCCUCUGCCCACCUUUGGCAUCCUUAGCAAGAGUUAUGAAUCAUAGAAGUUGAUUGGUUGAAAAAAAAUCAGUAUUUAAUAUGAACAAAAAUUCAUAUGAAACUGAAACACUGUGAUUACAUUUUAAAUCUGAGAUUUUUCUACUAAUCACUGGACUUCCAACCAUUUUGUUGCCAUAUUGGUCACUUCAUAAAACCAAUGCAGCCAUGGUGUAAAAAAAAACUGGGAGGGGGAGAGAACCAUCCUACACUUAUGGAGAUUUGAGUAUGCAAAGGUAGGAGUAAUUAAGCAUUAAUGGGGAAUGUUAAAGGCCAACCAAAAAAUAAUGUACAGUAUACAGGAAAACCACUCACCCAUAAAUCGGUUUGGGGCAAAACUAUAGCAAUAAACUGCGCACUAAGCUUAACAGAAAGGAGGGAGAUACUGUUUGUCCACUAAGAAGUGGUGUCUGGACCCAUAAGGCCAGGUUCGGGCAAACAUAGUAUCUGAAGAGUGUGUAGAUGACCACCACCUCAUCCCAAUUAUGAUGUGACCACACCUUAGCUCAUACUUUAAUACCAGUAAGCUAUAAAAAUCACUCUUGGAGUCUUGGUGAAGAAUAUAAAUCUGGAAUGAACUCGGCCAUUUAGCAGGUUUAUAGGGGUAAAUAUUUACAUUCUGGAGCAAUACUAAGUUCUCCAGUGCUUUCACAUGGGGGUUUUGUCCACCGCAGCACCAUGGGCCCUGCUACUUGAACCCCUCUCUGGUUCAGACUUUUUAGAUAUUUGUUAUCUUCAAGCCUGUACAGUAUAGUGGGAAGUUGAGAAAAGGCAGUGACAUGACCAGUGUGGCAAUGUUAGUAAGCAACCAACAACUUGUACGAAUUGUAAUGGUCACUAAGGACACUUAAUAGUGAAUACACAUACUGUACUGGUUAGAUUAACUGUAAGAUGAGACACGAUUGAUGGUUUUUCACUUAGCUGUACUGUAUAUAGGAAGAAUGACUACUUUUCUAUGUUUUUGUCUUGCUCUAGAGGAAACAUGAUGUCAGUAAUGCACCAUUGAUUAUGUAAUGAAACAUAUCCAGAAUGAACUACAGUCAGGGGUUGUGAUAUAACUGACAGAGCUAGUGUUUAACAUGGCUGAUGGUUUUCAAAAGGCUGCAACCUUGAUACAUACGUGUUUAUAAAUGCUUCAGACAGGAUUCCUUGUGCUCUUUCUUUGAUCAAGCAAUAGAAAGAUAAUGAAAUAAGUUGAACUAGUCUUGAAAAUUUGGAAUCUGUUUUUUGGUGCAUCAUACUGUAACAUUUGUCUGGCUUUGUUCCAUAAGACAAGUGUGGGACUGCAUCUUGGGAUUUUUGGUAGUGCCAAUGUUUAUGCUGGCUCUUCAAAUCCCAUAAACGUGAUAAACUUUGAUGGCUUGUAUUUUAUGCCAUUGGCAUUUAGGUAUGUGUAAAGAUUUGUUUGUCACCAUGUACUAUAUCUGCUGAACAUUAGCAGUGUUACUGUGUGAAGAUGUGCUAUGUAAAGAUUUUUUUUUCUCCAUAAUGUCAAAUGAUAAUGAAUAAGCUUUAAUUCCUCUCUGGAUUUACAUAAGCUGGCUGGCUUACAAUGAAGCAUUGCUCUUACUGUGUUUGAGUUAGAUUAGUUUUAUUAAUGAAAAUCUGGUUUGUAGUUCCUUUCUAAAGCAAAUUUUUGUGUCAAAUAUGAAAUACAUUGUAAAUGUACUCUUUAAGGUUCAUGAACUACAUGUUACAUUAACCCCUUCACCAAAUUUUUUGUUCAACAAGGGAGGAAAUGCUUGCUAUCGCCUGUCCAGUCUGGUUCAUAUAUAGUUUAAUGGUAUGUGAGUAUUUGUGUAUGUAUGUAUGUACUUGAAUGUGUGUACACAAUGAUUCUCACAGAGAAGGAGUGUCUUGGUUAAUGUUAGAGUGUAGUAGACUCCUUGAUGGAGAGUAAGAAUGAAUGUGACCAAAUUUCUGUGGAGGAAAUUCCCUUCUUAAUUGUAAUGAUCCCUCUCCAAGUUGCCUAGUGAUUCUCAAGGUGUUCAGAAAAGUGGAUAUUAGUUAAGGAGAAGUAGAGAAUAAGGCACAGUGCUGUGUCCAUACUUGAUGACUUAAAGAUUUAAAGUAACAGUGGUCUCAUAGUUAGGUCAGUUGAUAGUAUGUAUUGUAGUGAUCUAUUUUCGUCAUAAUAUCCAGUACAGUUGUCUUGAAAGGGAGGGGGUUAAUAAUAUUAACAUGUCUUUUUGUGUGUCAUUCAUUUUUUUUUUUCAGUAUUGUAUGUAAUUAUGAAUUUUAUAGGAACAUAGGUGCCAUAAUGAAAUAUAUGAAAUAUAAAUACAUACAUACAGGCAUAUAUAUGCAAGAUAAUGUCCAUCUCCAGUCAGAAUGUAUUUCAGAUGUUAGUAGUUGUUGUUAUCCAUGGUUUAAGCUCAGUUAGUGAUGCUUUUAUGGGAUUAGCAAAAAUAUUUGUAAGUGACUACUUUUGUGUCUUAGUAAUGAAUGUGUGUGUAGGAUGAGCACCAUUUUGCUUGAAACUGAAGUUAAGUGAUCAUCACCUUUGAGGAGUUCCAUUGCAAAGGUGUUUUCAUAUCCACACAAUGAUACAAAAAACAUUAGGACCAUGAUGUUCCUAAUUGUCUUAGUCACAGUAUUUGAUGAUUUAACUUAUCAUGUCAGCUAGGGGUAUUUUGGGGAACCCUAGUCAGUAGCACUGCUCCUUUUUAUAGCAUUUUGAUACUCAUGGGCUGGGGACAGUGAGGAGGUUGUUUGUCUUAGCUCUUCACAUUGCAGCUUUUAUAUAUAUAUAUAUAUAUAUAUAUAUAUAUAUAUAUAUAUAUAUAUAUAUAUAUAUAUAUAUAUAUAUAUAUAUAUAUAUAUAUAUAUAUAUAUAUAUAUAUAUAUAUAUAUAUAUAACACACACACACACACGAAUGAGGUUUAUAAAUGUAUUAGAUAUGAUUCUCAGGAGUCCUACUUGUACUGAAAGAUGUCACUUGCAUUGGAGAGGCAGUUAUUAUUUGGGCUUUUGGCAUGAAGGUUGUUGUAAAAAGAAUAUGUGAUAAAUAUUGAUGUAAGGUAUAGUGUAAGAAAAAAGGAACAUGUCACUAUUAAAACUAACAAGGAAGAAACAUAUGUUCUUCAUAUGUUUUAAAUUUCAUCUACUCCAAGUAAAAGUGAUUUUCCUGUGGCUGCCCUUAUUUUAUACAGACAUUGUUAGUGUGGGUCCAUCAACAGGCCUGUCGCCUUAUUCCUUCCUCAGCCCAUUGGUGCGCUGCCCUCCUGCCUCUGACCCAUCCCAGGUGCUGUGUUUAUCAACAUUCUUGUCGAACAUUUGCAUAAUUCUCAUGUGGCUCAAACUACCAAUGUUCUCUCUCAACAUGCUAGCUUAUUCAUCAUCAUCUUCACUUGAAGCAAUAUCAUCAUAUCUAUUUUAUGCACAUUUGUAAUUUUUGAAAUGCUUUGCAAAGAUGCUUGGAUAUUUUUUAUUUUGUAAAUAUAAAAUUCAUAUAUAAAUAAAUAUAUAGUAAAUUUGAUAUGUUUGGAAAAGCUUAACAUUGAAAUGUCAUAUUUUAAGUAGAGCAAUGCUAAUUAACUGUGAUAGUUUUAACAGUAGCUGAACUAAAUGAGAAUGAAUACCAUUCACAUCUUGGACUCCCAAUGAUAGCGGGAAGAGUUUCUCGUGGGUGUUGUGCAGCCUCAGAGUAGAUGUGUGUGGAUAGGUCCUCCUUCACCUUGGCUUUUGUGCGGGCUCCUGUGUCUGGGUUUCUACACUCACAUGGCUGCUUCCACAUUUGUAAAUGUAGCUUAAACUCUGUGACUGUAGAUGGUAGGUAGUUAUCUUGGUAAUGAAUGGUCAUUCUAUGUCCUUGAAAUGAGUGCAAGAUUAUGUGGUAACAGCCUGAACAGAGUCCUGUGUGUAUUAACCUUUUAAUACUGAAACUUCAAUGGAUUUCUAAAUAUUAUUUUCUCUUUCGAACCUGGAUAGCUUUUGCUGUACCUGGCACAAAGAAUUUGUAGUGUUUGCACUGAGUAUAAUGUAGAAUGCAUCUCAGCUUUUUAUUUAUAGCUUUGUUUAUUUUGUCAAAGGAAAUGGUGGGAAAAAAUGGAAUCCAUUGUAGUCUUAUAACCUUGAACAUCAUGUUCUUGGUGCUUAGAAGAAGAAUUUGUAAUGAUAUUUUUGCACAAUUGAAGUAGAAUACAACAUGGAUUGACAUGGUAUUCGGUGUAUACUUUGGUAAUCACUGUAGUUAUUGCCGUUACUUUUGUUAAGGUAACAAAAUACAUGUAGAUUAAAAUAGUCUCUUAGUAGUUUGAAUGUUUCAAACCAGAUUUCAUGAAGGUGCCAGGUGAUUGUGAACAACAGAAUGUAUUAUAUCUUUUUUACAACUCAAACAUUAGAUUUCCAGUCAAAGAUGACUUUUACAAAUGGGGUAAAAUAAAUGUUCAAGGAUAUAAAGAUGUGGUAACUACCCCAAGUCUUUGUGACACCUAUAUGUAUUCCCCAGAUUUUGUUUUUAUUUUCUAGUCACCACAGACAGAUUAUUAUGAUUUAGUCUUAGAUAAACAUAUCCAUAUCACUCACUCACUCAGUUGGAUGGGUGUGAAGCAUUUUCUAUACAAAAACAUAGAUACAUACAUGUAUAAAGUAGUACACAGUUUCGUUUUGGUGCAACUACCUAUACACACACUGGCACUUUCUUCCAAAUUCACUUAUAUUUUUGUAGGCUCUUCAUGAAAAUGUCUCUUUGAGAAUACUGUACACAAUAAAUGUGCUGUCAAUGUACAUACUUAUUUGUGCAGUAUAUAUGCACACGUUGUAUGGCAGUUGGAUUGAUAGUGACCAGGACAUUAUAAUCAAAAAUAUGACAAAAAAAAAUCAUAACUAAAGGAUCACAUUUUUUUAUACUUUAAUUGAUACAUCUUGUUGUAGCAUAACAUCAUUUAACAAAAUAUCUGGUCCCAGGUAAUUUCUGUGGUGUACAUACUAGUGACUUUAAUGUUUGAAGAGCUUUUGUGUCAAGAUUUUUUUCAUCAAAGAGUCAUAGUUCAGUGAGUGCAUCUUGGUGGGCAUCUUGGACUGUAUUUCUCACAGUAAUAAGUUUUAUGCAGUAUCUUCAUAGUAUUUUUAAUGAAAUAAGGGAAUGUCGAGACAAGGAAAUGUCUCCUCUAGUAAGAAUGAGAGGGAACUACAAAUGGAGAGCUUAAGCCGUAAGUCUUGGGGAUAUUCUCUAAGACUUCCUCUCCUCUGUGGUACUGUAUGUCUUAUGGACUGUUAUUGUACUGUAUUGUGAUGCAGUAUUCUGUUGUAAACAUUGCUGUCUUUAGUGUCUUUCCACAAUGGGAUUCAGGAUUCAUAGUUGUUUAGAUAUUGGAGUUGCAAGUUAAACUGGUCAUUUACAUCACCCACAAUAGAAGUUUGCUCAAAUAGUUUGAUGCUUUGGAUUAAAAUAAAUUUCAUGUCUGAAGUGAAACUGUUCUCGGGUGUAGCCGGAUUACAGUAUAAGUUAAUAUUUUCCUGAAUACAGGCUGUAUUUUGGCAGAUUACAGUAUGUGAACACAUUAACCCGUAAGUGUUGUAAUAGACCAAUAAAAACAGUGGCUCGAUAAGUGAAGGGUAAUUGGACAUGGCUUUUGGUUUGAUUGUGUAGUUAGCAUCAAGGCAAUUUUACAUUUUUAUGUACAAAAAUAAUAAAGAAUAUCUUGGUCAA